AUGGUUCGGACUAUUGAGCUUUACAAUGAAGACUUCCGCGUCCAUGUCGACAGGGCUACCGGAGCUGUCCUGGAGAUCGCGGAUCCUCGCGCCAAAACCCCGUUGAACUGGGUCAGCUCUCCGGCUAACGCGCCCUGGCAGCCUCUGGGCAGUCGCUGGGGUUUGGGGUUUGCAGACCUUGGCGCCAAUCUGCUCCAUCGGCUUUUCUGGAACAGCCCUCGCAUCGAUUCAUCGAGCGGCCACGAUGUCACGGUCGCAACGUAUCAAUCUGGGCCGCUGGAACUUGUUGUCCACCGACGUCUCGACAGGAAAACGCGGUCCUUUACGGAGACUUACGAGUUCCGGAACCGGGGUGCCUCUUCACUCAACCUUUCCGCGACAGGAGAGACAUCCUUCGCAAUCUACACUCCCUUCAACGACCACUAUACCAACACUACUGACGCACUCCAUUUCCGUACACAUGCCCAUGUAUGGGCCAAUGGCGGGUGUUCAUCAUGGGUGAAACUCACUCAAAUGGGAGGCCAUGGUCGAAAUCUGGGUCUCGUUCUUACGAAAGGAUCGUUGUCCGGCUACAGCAUCGAGUCUCGAGAUGAAGUAACGCAUUCCAACACCCGAGGCGUGUUUCUCCUUCAUCCUUCUGUUCCCGUUCUCGAGCCUGGCCAGUCAAGUAUCUUGGAGUGGACUCUAUUCUGGCACACUGAUUGGGAAGACUUCUUCGCUCAGUGCGCCCGCCGAUCGAAUCAAUUCAUUCACUUCGAUAUACCACGCCAUACGCUUGUGUCUGGAGAGGCCGUCAGAAUACGAAUGACGGGUGACGCUGCUGCCGUGAACUCAACCACAACUGUGAACGGCCUGAGUGUGCAGCAGGAUGACUCAGGCUUUGCCUACGUUCAUCAUGCUGGAAGAAUGGGCCAGGAGACGUUGCGCAUUGCAACCGGUUCAGGAAUCGCGCAGAAAGAGUCUAUGGUCUUUCUCAACACAGUUCCACGUUAUGAUGAUCUCAUAAAGAGUCGAAUAAAUUUCAUCGUAGAGAGACAACAAGUCGGCGAUACUAAUGACAUUUUACAGGGGGCUUAUGUUGUCUAUGACAAUCAAGCCGAAGCAUCACCCUUUUACGAAACUCAGCAAGACCGGAAUGCUGGGCGCGAGCGUGUUGGCAUGGGUGUCCUCGUUGGCCGAUGGCUGAAGAAGAAAUCGGACAGCAGAUUGAAAGACUCAUUUGCCGCCUACUACUCAUUCGUUUGUACGAAACUUCAAGAUGAUAACGGUUUUGUCUUCGAUGCUCCUUAUGGAACCGGUACAUACGUCAACAAGCGCCUCUACAACUGGCCAUGGGUCUUACAGCUUCACCUGGUCGCCGCAGCUAUUGGAAUCCCUGCUCUGUCUGGUAAAUCACCACUUGCGAGAUUCAUGGAAACACUUGAGAGAUUCUAUGAUGAGGGUGGCGCGUCGCUUUAUGCUAUCGGCUUGCCAAUUCUUGAGGGUCUCCGAGUGCUCAAGGCAUCGGGUGACGUGACAGCUUUGGAGCGGGCUAGAAAUUUAUUCAUCUCACACGGCCGAAACAUUUUGGAGAGAGGAACGGAUUAUCCCCCUUUUGAGGUUAACUUCGAGCAAUCUAUCGUCGCCCCAGCAGCAAUAAUAUUGCUGGAGCUGUACCGAGCGACGGGGGAUAAUACUUGGCUUUCAGCGGCUGAAUUGCAGGUGGAAGUCCUCCUCCGCUUUGCCGGGAAGCAACCAGACUAUAGAGUUCACGACGUUGCUAUUCGACAUUGGGAUGGCCACUGGUUCGGGAAAGACCGCACGUGGGGAGACACGUUUCCUCACUACUGGAGUACUUUGAAUGCCAUUGCUUUACACCAUUUUAGCAAGGCAAUCAGAGACCCUUUCUACAGCAAGCAGUCCGAUGGUAUCAUACGAGCCAACCUGGCUCUUUUCACGCCUGAUGGCAGAGCAUCUUGUGCAUGGAUUUAUCCGCGGUCUGUAAACGGCCGACUGGCUCACUACAAAGACCCUUACGCCAACGACCAAGACUGGGCAUUGGCGCAUCUCUUGCAGAUCGAAGACGACGGUACUUGGGUUGAAUAG